CUAAGAUUUGCUUUAUAGUUUUAGUUAAAAGCAAAAAUUAAUAUUAAAUGACAGUGCACAGUAAUGAAACCGGUAUCUGUUUAGUAAUGAAUGCCGUUUCAACUCACCUUGCCACCUCGUCGCCCAACACGCCUCCAACCAACGCUCCGCAGAGUCCGCCCUCGACGCUGCCCACGCUCGCCUGUCCCGCCGCCCAGCCGCUGAGUGCACCGGGAAUCGCCGGGCCAGGACACAGUGGCAUGGUGACCUCGACGGUGCCGCCGGGCGCUCGCUCCACCUCGCCGUGUGGCCCAUCCGCCGGCCUGCCCGCCCUCUCGCUGGUGGGCGCCCCGCCACCGGGACCACACUCCUCCGCUCCCGGAGGAGCACCGGCGCCCGGAGCGGGCAACCCGCCCAACCGCUGCUGUGAUACGGGUCGCACCAUCUACACGGAUCCGGUCAGCGGCCAGACGAUCUGCUCCUGCCAGUACGACAUGCUCAACUACCAGCGACUAGCCGCCGCCGGCGGAGUUCCGCUCGGCGUCUAUCCGGAGGGCAUGUCCGCCUACCUCUCCGGGAUUGCGGCGGAUCAGCCGCCGUUCUACGCCAAUCCGGCUGGCAUCGAUCUGAAGGAGAACCUGGUGGCCGGAGCAUCGCCCUGGCCAUAUCCAUCCAUGUAUCAUCCAUAUGACGCGGCCUUCGCCGGCUAUCCGUUCAACAGCUAUGGCAUGGAUUUGAAUGGGGCCAGAAGGAAGAACGCCACCCGCGAGACCACCUCCACGUUGAAGGCCUGGUUGAAUGAGCACAAGAAGAACCCGUAUCCCACCAAGGGCGAGAAAAUAAUGCUGGCCAUUAUCACCAAGAUGACGCUGACGCAGGUGUCCACGUGGUUCGCCAACGCGAGAAGAAGACUGAAAAAGGAGAACAAGAUGACCUGGGAGCCCAGGAAUCGCGUCGACGACGAUGACGCCAAUAUCGACGAUGACGAUGAUAAGAACACCGAGGAUAACGAUCUGCUAGACGCCAAGGACUCCGGCGUUGGUUCCACGGACGACAAGGAUCGUUCCGGUCGCCUUGGCGACAUGAUGACCGACCGUCCCGGCGAGAGCAACAACAGCGAGUGGUCCGAGUCCCGGCCAGGAUCGCCCAAUGGAUCACCGGACCUGUACGACCGCCCCGGCAGCAUGCCGCCGGGCGCCCACCCACUCUUCCAUCCCGCCGCCCUGCACCACCACUUCCGGCCACCGGCGGGAUCCCCGCCAGACAUCGCCGCCUACCAUCACCACCAGCAGCAGCUGCUGCAGCAGCACCAGCAGGCGCAGCAGAACUCGCUGCAGACCGCAGUGGGGGGCACCGCGAAGCCAAGGAUCUGGUCGCUGGCCGACAUGGCCUCCAAGGACAGCAAGGAUUCGAGCUCCGGCGCCAAGGAUAACCACCCAGAGCUACCGCCUGCGCAUCCCGGCUUCUAUGGACACCCCGGCCAGCAGCCCUCGCCCGGCAAGAUUCUAUCGCCCCUCGCAGCAAGGAUUCCCAACUAUUCACCCUAUGUCCGCCCGGACUUGUAUCGUGGCUUCUACGGACCAGCUGCAGCGCAUCUGAGUGCUCCCACGCAGGAAUUCCUCGAGCAUCAGCGCACAUUCGGUGCCAGCUUGGCGGCCCACAAUGGACCGCUGGGCAUGAAUCCGUUGCUGUGGAAGGCGGCCGUAUCCGGAGCCGCCAAUGGACCCCACUUUGCGCCGCUCAGUCUGACCACCUCGGGUGGAUCGAGUGGAGGACAGCAGGUGGCACCGCCGCCAGUCGCCUCGCCCUCCGCCUCCAGUUCGUCCUCGUCGAUGGGCUGCGAUGUGGUGCACAUACCCACGAGCAGCGGACAAUCGGCUGCGCAGCACAUGAUGGGACCAAUAUCCAGCAACUCCACCGCCUCGUCAUCCAGUUCGCACUCCGGCAAGAUAUCGCCCGGCGUGAAUGUGACCUCGCUGAGUGCAAAGCCAUGACAUCCAUCGGCGGCAUCUCCGGAUCCGGAACUGGGUGCGGCCCCAAUUGCCUCGCCCAUCUCCGCCUUCCGCUCGCUGAUCGCCUUCCGGGAGCAGCAGAAGCUCACGCUCCUGCGACCGUAGUCACUCCCAUUUUCGAAACCCAUUUCGCUUUCGAUUUCGAUUCCGAUUCAGAUACAGAUUUCGAGGCCCGGGCUUGAAAGGUAUAAUUACACUUUCGGACAAUAAUUUACAAUGUGAUUAUUCGGUAUUUUGAUUAACGCCGCUUAUACCAAAUAGCAAGCAAACGACAAACAAAUAUAACCAGCUGAAACGCAGCGGUUACCCUUUGGCAUGGGCCCCCAAAACAAAAAUUGAUUGAAAACACUGCAAAAAAAAAGUUUGAAGGUGCAAACAAUUCGACAAGAACAAAAAAAAAGUGAAACACACCCAACCCGCUGCCCCAGACGUUGUGCAAUUUUGUGGAGAAGAUAAUCCAAAAACCAUUCGA